AAGGUUAUGUUUGGGUUAUUUUAUUUUGUAUACAGAUAUAGUACUAAAAUUAUAAGCAAUUAUUACUGGAUAUAUUCGGUGUACUGCUACUCUAUUCAUGGGAUCAGAGGGCAAAUUGAUUGAUAAUAGAUGAUGUUACGUGCUUCAUAUUCAUAUAGUUAUAGUAUGAGGAAAACAUGAUUUCGCUUGGUCGCGUGGACAAGCGUCAAGGUCAUUUUUUGCCACAAUUGCAAAUAAGAACGAUUUCUACAUCAUUUAAAUCGCAUGUAGUAUGCUGAUGUCUUUUGUCAGCUUACGGCGUUAUUUACUUGUGAGUAGAGUUAUAGUUAGGAUGUCUUCCAGUAAAUUUUCUUACGAGGAGGCUGUGAAGAAAUUAAAUUUCCUUCAAUCAAAUAAAUCAACUAUAGAACAAAUAAGAAAAGAUAUAAAAUUAGGCCAAAAAUGUACAAACAUAGAAGAUAUGGAAAAUUACUUGUUACGGACUGGUGUGACUUUACGAAUGUUAGAUGAGCUCUCUGUUAUACAUGUUGCUGGCACCAAAGGCAAGGGUUCAACAAGUGCAAUGUGUGAGUCAGUGCUUCGUCAUCAUGGCUACAGGACUGGCUUCUACUCGUCGCCGCACUUGGUGGCGGUGCGUGAGCGCAUCCGUCUCAAUGGCUGCAUAGUUGACAAAGAAACUUUCUCAAAGCACUUCCAUGAUGUCUAUGAUCGCUUGCAUGCUACACAGAGUUACGAAGGUGAUAUGCCCAAGUACUUUGCAUUCCUUACUGUGUUAGCAUACAACAUGUUUUUAAAGGAAAAGGUUGAUGUUGCCAUUGUGGAGGUCGGCAUUGGUGGUGUUGUUGACUACACUAAUGUACUCAGGAAAGUUCCAGUAGUUGGUAUCACAGCAUUGGGUCUUGACCACACAUCAAUAUUGGGUACAACCCUACCGGAGAUCGCGGAGGCGAAGGCCGGCAUUAUGAAGACAAGGUGUGAUGCAUACACUGUUCAACAACCUACAGACGCUAUGGAAGUCCUAGAGAGAGUUGCCAGUAAUGUUAAGUGUUCAUUGCAUAUAGUUCCAGAUUAUAAAUCGUAUACAUUUGAAAAUGGCCUCAAACUACAACUGUCAGUAAAUAUAGAAGCAUAUUGUAUGAAUGCAUCCUUAGCUAUACAACUGGCACAUGCUUGGAUGCGUAAAAAUAAAACCAAUUCACUAACUAAUACAAAUUUAAUCAAUGGUGCUAUAAAUGAAAAAUUAUCUAAAGAAAAUGAUAUUGCUAAUAGUAUAAUAACAAAACUACCUAAUAAAACUAUAAAAGGAUUAUCCGUUUGUAAAUGGCCAGGAAGAUACCAAGUGAUUGAAACAGAGUUCUCCACUUUUUAUCUAGAUGGCGCUCAUACUAAAGAAUCAAUGGAAAUAUGCGCAGAGUGGUUUAAAGGCAAUAACAGAUAUCAAGACAAAAGUUUAAUUUUUAGCGCAACUGGUGAUAGAGAUGCGGAGGUAUUACUGACACCUUUGAGGCUUAUAAAUUUUAAGUCAGUAUAUUUUGUUAUUCCGACAGCAUUUAGGGAAAUCAGUCAUAAGAAUGACAAUUAUUCUAUCAUGGAAUACAGAGAUUUAAUUGCAAGAUGCCAGAAAAAUGAGGCAGCCUGGAAACAACUUCAAGGAAAUGACAAAUGUAGUAAAGUGACCGUUUUAGAAUGUGUUUCUGAUGCUUUAUCGUGUAUAAAACAAAACGGUAACAGCAAAUCUGUUUUAAUUACUGGCUCUUUACAUUUAGUAGGAGCAGCACUAUCAAUUAUUGAUCCUAAUUUGAGUGAAAAUUGACCGAAUUUAAUAAAAUUUUAUUUAUACCAUGAUA